CCCCACAGACAACAACUGAAUUUUUUAUUAUCUAUCUUCUUAUCACAUUCGUCGUAAAUCACAUCUAUUACUUCUUUCUAUACUCUUACUCUCUCAUUCUGGUGUCUGUUCGGUGUCAGUAUGCGAAUAUCUUGAAAUCAUUAUCCUUGUUUUAUUUACUACCAAAAGCAAAACUCCUAUUCCAUUCCCUACCCUCUCUUACUUAUGCAUGCCUUCCCAUCUCAACCUUCCUUUCCACCUCAAACUGAAAACCAUUAAAUUCCUUAUUUUCUUGGUUUGCUCUGUGGUCACUCAUGGAAGUUAAUACAACUACCACUGUACCUUCAGAGCCACCUACUGUUGCUAGCCACACUUUCGCAAGACACCACUUGCAUUCAGAAAACCAUAACCAUAGCCAUGGCCAUUUCCCCUUCAAAACCAUUCUCACAACCAUUGCAGUGGCUGCCGCAGUCACCAUCCUGUUUAUCAUUUUUCUGGUCUUUUACUUGAUCCGCCGCCAAAAACCUUCCGUAAAGAAAGGAACUUGCAAAGAUGACAGUAGUAGAGAGCUUCAUGACACAAACAGCAGGCUUAUUGUUUCAACAAUGUUGAGCUUUGAUGCUAGCCCAGAUGUAAAGGGUGGGUGUCUUCAAGUUCAUGGGGGGAAUUUGAGCAGGAUCCCAGCACCUAAAUUUCGAGGAGUUCAAGUGUUCACAUACAGGGAGUUAGAAGUUGCAACAGAUGGAUUCAGUGAAGCAAAUGUGAUUAGCAAUGGAGGGGUUGGUUUGAUGUAUAAAGGAGUCCUCAGUGAUGGAACUUUGGCAGCUAUUAAGUUGUUGAGAAGUGAAGGUAAGCAAGGAGAGCGUGCUUUCAGAAUAGAGGUUGAUCUCUUGAGCCGGCUGCACUCUCCUUAUUUGGUGGAGCUACUUGGCUAUUGUGCUGACCAACACCACAGAUUACUGAUUUUUCAAUACAUGCCCAAUGGGACACUCCAACACCAUCUUCACUCCCCUAGUGAUCAAUCUCAGCCGUUGGAUUGGUGGGCCCGGAUGAGGAUAGCCCUUGAUUGUGCCAGGGCCUUGGAGUUCCUGCAUGAGCAUGCGGUGUCACCUGUGAUCCACAGAGACUUCAAGAGUAGCAACGUUCUACUGGAUCAAAAUUUCCGUGCCAAGGUGUCAGAUUUUGGAUUGGCUAAGAUGGGGUCAGAGAAGAGGAACGGUCAGGUUUCUACCCGUGUGUUGGGGACCACUGGAUAUUUGGCACCAGAGUACGCAUCCACGGGUAAGCUUACUACAAAGUCAGAUGUUUACAGCUAUGGUGUGGUUCUUCUUGAACUGCUAACCGGACGUGUACCAGUUGACAUUAAGCGGCCCCCUGGAGAACAUGUCCUUGUUUCAUGGGCUCUUCCAAGGUUGACAAGCAGAGAUAAGGUGGUUGAAAUGGUUGAUCCAGCUCUACGAGGACAGUACUCAAAUAAGGAAUUAAUUCAGGUAGCUGCCAUUGCAGCAAUGUGCAUACAGCCAGAAGCUGAUUACAGGCCUCUCAUGACAGAUGUUGUACAAUCAUUGGUACCACUUGUCAGGAACCCAUCUUCUCUUAGUUCAACCAGUUCCCUGAGGUUUCAUAAACAAAUACCAAGACCAAGUCUUUAGGCGUGCAUCAUGUUUCUGUUUGAAAAGGCAAUAUGCAGCCUAGAAAUAACUGCAUUUCCUUCUUAGACUGAAACAGUGUUUGGACAAACAUAGGAUGGGGGAAAAUGCAAUAUCAAGUUGGCAACUUAGAUCAAUGCCAGAAGCAAUCCAAAUUUGUCUAGGGCCCAAAAUUAUAAUCAUUUGCAUUGAGUCACGGGACACAUAGUUCUAGAUGCUCUUUUUUUAUUUUUUUCAUUUUAAUAUCCAUAUGCAAUAUUAACACCCUUUUUUUAAA